AUGAGUUCAGACUUAAGAUCAGAGUCCUACCAGUACCCGGGCUUCCAGGGCUUACUCCAGGACAACGACACCCUCAGACUGGGCCUGGACUUCCAGAGGAUGUUACGAAUCAACCACAUGCUGUACAUCGCCGCCAGGGAUCACGUUUUCGCUGUGAAUCUGACGACGGCUGUGGACGACUUCGUGCCUCGGCUGAACCUGACGUGGAGAUCCAAGGACGUCAGUAAAUGUACGGUUCGAGGCAAGAACAGCGACGAGUGCUACAACUACGUCAAAGUGUUGGUUCCUCGAAACGACGAAACGUUGUUUGCUUGCGGAACGAACGCCUUCAACCCGACCUGCAGAAACUACAAGAUGACCACGCUGGAGGUCGGGGAGGAGGUGGUGGGUCAGGCCCGGUGUCCCUUUGAGUCCGGUCAGUCCAACGUUGGCCUGUUUGCCGGAGGAGACUUCUACUCCGCCACCAUGACCGACUUCUUGGCCAGCGACGCCGUCAUCUACAGGAGUCUGGGCGAAGGUCGGCCCGUUCUGAGGACCGUCAAAUACGACUCCAAGUGGCUCCGAGAACCUCACUUCCUUCACGCCAUCGAUUAUGGAAACUACGUCUACUUCUUCCUCAGUGAGAUCGCGGUGGAGUACACGGCUCUGGGAAAGGUGGUGUUUUCUCGAGUGGCUCGGGUCUGUAAGAACGAUAACGGCGGUUCUCCUCGAGUCCUGGACAGAUACUGGACCUCCUUCCUAAAGGCUCGGUUAAACUGUUCAGUUCCUGGAGACUCCUUCUUCUACUUUGACGUCCUCCAGUCUCUCACUAACGUCCUGCAGAUCAACCAGAGGCCGGCGGUGGUGGGCGUGUUCACCACACAGGCCAACAGUAUUCCCGGGUCGGCCGUUUGUGCGUUUUACAUGGACGACAUCGAAAAAGUCUUUAACGGGAAGUUUAAGGAGCAGCGGACCAGCGACUCGUCCUGGACUCCGGUUCCAGACGAGCAGGUUCCCAGACCCAGACCCGGCACGUGCGCAGGCGACGGUCCGGCUGCAGACUACAAGUCCUCGGUCCAGUUUCCAGACGAGAUGCUGACGUUCAUUAAGUCGUACCCGCUGAUGGACGAGGCCGUUCAGUCGGUUAACGACCGGCCCUGUUUCACCAGGACGUCCAGCAGGUCCAAGUUGACCCAGAUCGUGGUGGACGUCUCGGCCGGUCCCUACAAAGACCGGACUGUGAUGUUCCUGGGCUCGGAUGACGGCAGAGUCCUGAAGGUUUUGGCGAACACGCAUCCCAACGACAGCUUCGGAACCAAACUGCUGGAGGAGAUCGACGUCUACAACCCGUCCAAGUGUAACGUUCAGGGUCAGGAGGACAGGAGGGUUCUGGGCCUGGAGCUGGAUAAAGACCAUCACGCUUUGUUCGUGGCCUUCAGCAGCUGUGUGAUCCGAGUGCCGCUGAGCCGCUGCGCCCAACACGGAGCCUGUAAAAAGGCUUGCCUGUCCUCUCGUGACCCAUACUGCAUCUGGCUUCGGACCGGGACUUGUGCCAACAUGGCGCCAGGUUUCAAGGCCGGGUUUGAGCAGGAUAUCGAGGGCGACCACUCGUCUCAGGCCGACAGCUGCCACGCUGACGUCAUGGCAACAACACGGAACCAUGAGUCUGCAGCCGACUCCGCCUACGGUAAGAAACACAUUUCUGAUUUAAAGAAUGUGUCGCAGCCUAUUUUCAAGCGUUUCCAGUUGUUUUGCUUCUCUGUUGGGAUUUAA